UACAAGAACUAGUGCAUGCAUACGUCGUGCGCCACAUGGUGCAGUGCAUAUAAUAUUUUUUAAGUGUGUAUUUUGUUUAUAUUUAUUACAAAAUGAGUGGCUCAGAUAUUGAUUAUGAUACCGAUCAAGAAGUAUCAGAAUCUCAUUCUAAACUCCUGGAAGCAGUGGCACAACUAGAUAAAGGACAAAAAGUUAAGAAGCCGGAAAGAACAGAACCAACGUUAGAAGUAUCAGAAUUUCAUUUAGUUAAAAGUGGAAUAUCCGAUAAAAAUGCAGUAUCUGUUAAGAAUUUAGUAAAAUCGUUAGGAAAUAAAGGAUAUCAAACAGAGAUAAGCAAGAAAUUUAAUGCAGUUCAAAAAAAGACUAAAGUUCUUCCUAAGCCAUUAGAAAAACCUUCUGCUGAUCGUAUUAAAAGAGUGGUCGGAUUUGAAAAGACUCAAAAAGAAGUAAGUAAAUGGAACGGAGUAAUAUCUCAUAAUAGAGUUGCAGAAAAGGUAUAUUUUCCUUUGAAUAAAUUAUCUAAUAAAGCGGACUCAGUUUCUAAAAUGGUUAAAAGAUUUACACUACAAUCAGAUUUAGAAAAAAAAUUAGCGGAAUUAAAACCAAUACCAGAGCCAGAAGAAACAGAAGAGAAAGAAGAUAAAGUUGCAAUGAGUUUGGAAGAAAUAUUAGAAAGGAGAAAAGAAGCUGCUCACAUGAGAGCUUUACAGUCUUAUAAAGAAGCAAAAGCACAUAGACAAAAAAGGAUUAAGAGUAAAAAGUUCCACCGUGUUCAAAGAAAGGAAAGGAUUAAGCAACAAAUUAAAGAAUUUGAGGAACUACAAAAAUCAGAUCCGCAGACUGCUUUAGAGAAACUAUCGUUGCUUGAUAAAUCCAGAGCAAAAGAACGAGUAACGUUAAGACAUAAAAGUACAGGUCAAUGGGCAAAGAACAAACAAAUAAGAGCUAAAUAUGACAAAGAAACGCGUCAAGAACUUGCUCAACAAUUGUCCAUCGGUAGAGAAUUGACGCAACAUCUGAAGGUAGCGGAUGAUAGUAGUGACAAUGAUGAUGAUGAUAAUGAUGGUGAUAAUGAGAAUACAAUGUCUUUCAAACUUUCUGAUACUACAAAAGAAAAUCCAUGGAUAAAUGAAGUUAAAACUGAAAAUGAAAUUAAUGACUUUAUCAGCAGUUACCGCAAAUAUUGGGAUGCAAAAAAUUCAGAAUCAAAUAAAAAGGGUCCUAUUUCUGAUCAAGUAAAUAAUAUAUCUCAGAAAAGUAAUACUGAACGUAAGCAAAAACAAGAUAACAAGACUGUUUCUUCUAAUAAAGAAUUAACUACUGAAACGAAUAAAUUACAAAAGAAUAAGAAAUCCUUAAUUACCAAUAAAAAAGUGGAAAGUGAGUUUAAUGGAACGCUUGAUACAAAUGGAUCUUUAAAAAUCAAGAAAGUAAACAAAAAUAAUAAAGUGUUGAAAAAAAUCGCUGCUACAUCUGCUUGGAGUGUAGAAGAUUGCAAUGAAACUGUAAUUUUUGAUGAUAUAAAAAAUAGCUCAAUAUCGCCAGUUGAGAAAAUAGAUGAUAUGUUCGAUUUAAUGGAAGAUAAAAUGCAAAAACAGAUUCGUACGCGGAUAAAUCGUGUUAAGAGCAAAUUUAAUAUUGAUGCAGAAAAGGAAAAUCAUAACGCUGAUGAAUCUAACGUUGACGAAUCUAACGUUGACGAAUCUAAUAUUGAAAAAUUAGAAUUUAAAAAUAAAAGUCAAAAGCCAAUCUUGACUAAUCCUCUGGAAGAAGUAACUAAAUCUGCAAAAAUAUCCAAAAAUAAAGAUAUAAUGAAAUUGAAAGAGUUAGCAAAAAGUUUAGAUAAAACAACUGUUGAUGUAUCAAAAAAUAAAGAUACGAAUAUAGAUCCAAACAAAUACAUUAAUGUAAAACCUAAACAUUUAAAAACUGAUUUACCAAAUGUUAUCACUGGUGGAGACGAUGCUUUAGACGAUAGCGAAGGUGAGGAAGAAAGAAAUGACAUAAUAAGUGAAGCUUUCGCAGACGAUGAUGUGGUCGACGAAUUUAGGAAAGAAAAAGAAGAGGAGAUUAAAAAAUCGCAACCAGAGGAUAUUGAUCUUACCUUACCAGGAUGGGGAUCUUGGGGUGGAACAAAUAUAAAACCAUCGACCCGGAAAAAUAAACGAUUUAUUAUAAAUGUACCAAAAGAGGAAACACGUAAAGACGAAAAUAAAGGCGAUGUUAUAAUAAUCGAAGACGACCAUGCCAAAAUAAGGGAACAUCAAGUAAAUGAACUACCAUUUCCAUUUUCGACAGUUCGAGAUUUUGAAGCUAGUAUCAGGGCACCGAUCGGACGAAAUUUUGUUCCGGAGAACGCUUAUAAAAAAUUCAUCGAACCCUCUGUACAAACGGCUCUGGGAAAAAUAAUUGAUCCUAUGGACGAAAGUGUACUGGUUAAUAAGAAGAUUAAUAAGAAACGAAAAAAUGACAACGAAAACAAAUCAAUUAUACCUAUUAAUAAAAAGAAAAAAUAAUUGUAAAAUAGGUAAUAAAAUUCGUCUAAUGAGAAUGCAUAGGUAUUCUAUAAUUUUGUUUAUAGAAAUAUUAAAAUAUUAAUAGGAAUUAAUUAAAUAUAGGAAUGAUGAAUAUUAUUCAGUAUAAAUGCAAGAUGCUUCUAAAUAUGUGACUGUAACUUCAGAGCUGGUUUCGAAUACGUCUAAUUAAGAGACGUCGAAGUAAUAAAAUAAUUUUAUAUAAUCGAAUUACAUAUAAAAUGCAAUAAUACAUAGUUUUCGUUAUACGUUUACUAUUCUAAUUUUUAUAAUUUAAACAUUUGCGAUAACAUAAAUUGAUAUUGUAUAAUUUUUCAACUGACUAUGUUAAAACUAUUUACUUGGUAUAAUUUUACCAAUACUUUUCUAUGAAAUAUUUUCCGUAGAUAUACAGGCAGUUUCAGAUUGACGAUUAUUACACCAAGUCACGUAAGCAUACACACACACAAACUCACACGAUAAUUACAAUUCAUUUUGUAGAAUAUUAUUUUUUCAGAUUACUUUAAAAAGUAAAGUGUACAUUUAUUAAUCA